UGCAGCAGCUCGUGGUGAAGAGAGGUUGGAUAAGGGGCGCGGAAGGCGCAGCCACAGACAGCAGCAGCACACCUUCUCGCCGUUCCCGCCAUGGCCACCGCCACCGCCGCGCUCCACCUCCUCCUCCCCACCCGCCGCCGGGGCCGCCUCCUCGUCCCCCGCGCGUGCCAGGCCGACUCCUCCGCCACCACGUCCCGCCGCGGCCUCAUUGCCGACACCGCCACCGCGGCCGUGGUCGCCGCCGCCGCGCCGCUGCUGCUGCCCCGGCUCCCCGCGGCGCGCGCGGAGGACCUGUCCGAGUGGGAGCGCGUCGGCCUCCCCAUCGACCCCGGCGUCGUCCUGCUCGACAUCGCCUUCGUCCCCGACGACCCCUCCCACGGGUUCCUCCUGGGGACGAGGCAGACGAUCCUGGAGACCAAGGACGGCGGGCGCACCUGGUUCCCGCGCUCCAUCCCGUCGGCGGAGGACGAGGACUUCAACUACAGGUUCAACUCCGUCAGCUUCAGCGGCAAGGAGGGGUGGAUCGUCGGCAAGCCGGCCAUCCUGCUGCACACCAAGGACGCCGGCGACAGCUGGGAGAGGAUCCCGCUCAGCGCCCAGCUUCCAGGGGACAUGGUGUACAUCCAGGCUACCGGGGAGCAGAGCGCGGAGAUGGUGACCGACGAGGGAGCCAUCUACGUGACCUCCAACCGCGGCUACAACUGGAAGGCCGCCGUGCAGGAGACCGUCUCGGCCACUCUCAACAGAACAGUUUCAAGCGGCAUUAGCGGUGCGAGUUACUACACCGGCACUUUCAACACGGUGAACCGCUCGCCUGACGGCAGCUACGUCGCUGUCUCCAGCCGCGGCAACUUCUUCUUGACAUGGGAGCCUGGGCAGCUAUAUUGGCAACCGCACAACAGGGCUGUGGCGCGGCGGAUACAGAACAUGGGAUGGAGAGCAGAUGGUGGUCUCUGGCUCCUCGUGCGCGGCGGUGGACUCUUCCUCAGUAAAGGAACAGGGAUAGUUGAGGACUUUGAGGAAGCGUCGGUGCAAAGCCGGGGGUUUGGGAUUCUGGACGUGGGCUACCGCUCAAAGGAUGAGGCAUGGGCUGCCGGUGGGAGUGGCGUCCUGCUGAAAACAACCAACGGCGGCAAGACCUGGGUGCGCGACAGGGCCGCCGAUAACAUCCCCGGCAACCUAUACUCCGUAAAGUUCAUUGGAGACAACCAAGGGUUUGUGCUCGGGAACGACGGCGUCUUGCUCCGAUAUGUUGGCUGAAGUUAGGGAAAAAACCACGGCUAUCUAAACCCUUUUUGUAUGUAAUGAUCCAUAUAUAGUCACACAUGUGAAAGGCUGCUGAUUGUCCCGGCGUUCUUUCUUGUGCAAGAGAGUGUAAAUCUUAUCUGUCUAUUACUGUUAUUUGACCGGCGAUUGUUUCAAACAUUCAAAGGCAUACAGCACAGUACGACGUGAGCACAUGCAUUUAUGCAUGUAUCUGAUGCUGAUAUAUAUGCGAUGAAUUUUGUGAGGUGCAAAA